GGUGGGCUAGAGCUUGUACAUGACUUAAAAAUUUGUAUAUCAUUCAAUUGAUGCAUCAGAUCUGUAUUGUCUUUUGUUCAUACUAGUUUGUGGACAUGCUUUUCACUAUAACUUAUCAAAAUUUGUUUUAUACAUGAACAAUGGCUGCAGUGCAAGCCCGGUCCAAGCUGACGGCUCGUGAUCUGUUGUUAACUGACACAGCUUCAUCAUCCUCAGUAGAAAGAAAUGAAGUAGAUCAACCAAAUUCUUCCAGCAAUCUUCCAGUCGGAGCGGAAAUUGGCAUUGGCCUCAUUAUCUGCAUUCUUACUUGCACGUUAGUGCUUGCCGUAUUACUCCUAAUCAGCUGCAUCAGAAAGAAUCGAAUCCAAAGUCUUGCAGAAAAGGAUCCACCAGUACUUUGUGUAAACGAGGAAGAUAAUCCGCGACCACGUCGUCUAUCACGGACGCAUGACUUCGAGAUACAUCUGAAGAGUCCUAAUGAUGAACGUUCGCAUGCUAUGUCACAAAAUCAAUGGACCAGCCCCGAUGACGUCGCACCUAGAUAUGAGCCUCAUGAGCAACAAGGAAGGCAGAGAGACAGUCUCAAUGAAAUACCACUGGAAAAUUUCGAGGAACCUGUUGAUAGGCAAAAUAGACAGUAUCCCAAUCUUACUUCACAUGUUUACUCAAACGCAGGGGAAGAAAUGCCCAGCUACUCGUCCCAUCAUGACUCCUACGAAUCUUGGACAAACUCCCCAUCUAGCGUCUCUCCAAUUCCCAGUUACAAAUCAUCCCCCUCCUCCCAACAGCAGCAAGAGCAGCUUGUGCAUCCUGCAGAAUUGAAUCCAACACCUAGUCAUCAUCAUCAUCACCACCAACAAGAAGUGUGCAUUCCCCGACAAGAACCAAUCAAAAUCCAACAACCAAUACCAUCUUACAAUCCAUGGCGAAAUCACGGAUUACUAAACCGAACCUAUUCGACGGAAACUGUACAACAGAUACCCAACCGAGACGAAUCACGAUCUCAGCUGGAGACGAAAGAAGAAGUUGAGCACGUCACGAAUAAACAAAUCAAGGUAAAAAGAGGAAAUGCUGCAAAAUACCAAUCUGCAACAAAUUCAGAGCCUCCCAAAACUAAGAGAAACGUCAAAGCCACACCAAGAAAGAAGACAAGAGAUAAAACACCGCGCCAAAACUCCGUCUUAACGAAGACAUCUAAUCUGCACAGAUUACCAUCUGAACAUAGUUCCACGAUCUUCGCAGACCCAAAAACAAAUUUGAAUGCAACAAAUCAAGACCAGAAUAGAGAGCGAGAUCAAAUGCCCCAUCCACUCCAAUCCCAUCCUCACACCCCAAUACAAAACGAUGAAAUCUCCAAAUUUCACACCAAGGAAAAUCCUCUACCCUCACCACCUACGCAGCAUCCUAUGAUCCAUGAGCUCGAGGGCUCAGAACAGAAGUUCUUAUGACUAUCACUGACCAAAUCAAUGACAGAAUGGUGGGGGAUAGGAAUCGAGGUAGAAUGUUGUUCA